AUGUCCGCUCGGGCCGCCGCGCCGCCACCGGAGGAGCCGGGCGAGCCGGGGACGCCGCCGCCCCCCGCGGACCCCGCGCGCGCGCGCCGGCCGCCCCAAGCCCGCGUCUGCGCGACCAGCGGCGGCGGCGGCCGCAGGCGAGGCGGCGGCGGCAGAGCCCGGGCCGGCGCGGCGCCCGCGCGGCGCCCCCGGGGCACGAGGGGCGGCGGGGCGCGCGGCGGGGCGCGGCUGCAGGUCCCCGCGGGUGGCGGGGCGGCGGGGCGGCUCGGCCGGGGCCGCUGGCUCGGGCCUCCAGACCGGGGCGAAGACGGGCCGCGGGCGCAGCAGGUCGCGGUGGCGCCGGGCGCGCAGAGCCGCGCGUGGCGGCCGCCGGGGCAGCUCAGCCCGAGCGGCGGGGCAUCCCGCGCGUGGCGGCGUGCGCCUCGGUCCCAGGCCCCCGCGCAGCCGCUGCUCGGCCCCCGCUGCGCCCGAGCUCCCGCGCUGUCGCCGCCGCCGCUGCUGCUGCUGCUGCCGCCGCGGCCGCUCCACUUCUACAGACUUGAUUCUUCGACAGCCCCGCACGGCGCCUGCGCGGCCCCCUCCCUCCUCCUCUCCUCCCUCCUCUCCGGCGCGCGCGGCCCCGUGCGCCCGCCCUCUCUCCGCGCGCGCCGCCCGGCUCCUUCCCUUUCUCGGUCGCGGGCGCGCAGGGAGUCCACGCGGCACCACCCCGCGGCUUGCUGCGCUGCCCCCCCGCCUCACCCUGCCAGGGCGCCCCACCCCACGGCCGGGUUCUUUUGA